AUGGCUUCUUCGCUUCGACAGAACCCGUGGCGGGCCUGCCAAUGUCUGACCCGCCAGCAAUCACGCACGACACGCAUCAGCUCCCGUCAUUUCUCCUCCAGCACCUUGCGAUCCAACAAUGCCACGAGUAACCCCCUCCGCUCCCGAGCUUCUGCCGCGCAGGCUUCCCAGCAAGCAGCCGAGGCUAAGCGGAGGAUUAUGAUCUCCGGCGCUGGUAUUGUGGCUUGCGGAGCCGCUAUGUAUGGAGUUAUCAAGCUGGACUUGUUUGGCCUAGAUGAAAUAGAGGCCAAGAAGCAGGACAGCAAGUCGGACGCGAACCAAACCCCGCAACAAGAAUCCGCACCUAAAUCCUCAAAUAAUGGCGCAAUGAGAAUGGAUGGACCAGCCGGGUUCCCUAACGGCGGACCGUCUGUGAUCACAAUCCAAGGCCAGGACGGCCUCGAGCAAGUCCCAACCGGAACCAGCACGAUACCAUAUUUCCCCACCGUUAUCCGCCUACCUUCACCCGAGCAAACCGAAGGCAAGAAAUCAGGCGAUGAACUGGCUCCCGCCUCGGGAGAUGAAUACCAGCUUCUCGGCCUGGGAAUCCGCACCGUCUCCUUCCUCUCGAUCCAGGUCUACGUAGUGGGCCUAUACGUCGCUAAGUCCGACAUCACCGAACUGCAACAACGCCUCCUCCGCACGGCCGUCCACCCUCCCUCCGACGAUGACCCAGUCGCCAUCUCCGGCGCAGGCGCCGACGCUGCAACCUCUCUCGUCCCACCCGAGCGCCAGCAACUCAAGGAGCUCCUCCUUGACGCAGACCGCGGCGAUGCCGCCUGGACAGCCAUUCUAAAGGAGAACGGUAUCCGCACUGCUUUCCGCAUCGUGCCCACUCGCAACACGGACUUCAUGCACCUGCGCGACGGCUGGGUCCGUGGAAUCACAGCGCGCGCACAGUCAAAGAAGCCCGCGCCUGGCUCGACCCAGCCCGGCGAGUUCCAGGACGAGUCCUUUGGUACAUCCAUGAACGACUUUAAGGCCGUCUUCAGUGGUGGCCAGCAGAAGAACGUUCCCAAGGGCCAGACUCUUGUUCUGCUCCGCAACGCUCAGGGUGGUUUGGAUGCGCUCUUCCAGGCUGAACCCGCCAAGCCGGUGCGCUUGAUGGGCCGGGUUGCUGAUGAGCGCAUCAGUCGUCUGGUCUGGUUGAAUUACUUGGCUGGUAAGAAUGUUUCUAGUGAUGGCGCGCGCAAGAGUAUCAUUGAAGGAAUCAUGGCUAUUGUUGAGCGGCCUCUUGGAACUGUUGUGCAGAAGGUUAUCUAA